CACAAUGGCGCAUGCGCAAACUCAAGGUGAUAUUUUGAUGUUCAGGCCUGAGGAAAGCUAGUGUUGUGCUAAUGAACUCGGUUUUCAUAAACAAAUGUACGAAAAAUAAAAAUAGAAAGUACCAACAAAUAUAGGUCGAAUGUCUUUGAGUCACUGUCUUGCUGGCACUACAAAUGUACGCUGAUUGCAGUCAGUACGAUUGAACUUCGUGGCAUUAGAGACGUUUCUGGACACUGGAAGUAAUCGGAGGCACACCAUUAUGACCGGUGUACGUGAAGUGCUGUGCAGCAGAACCAGAUUGGUCAGUUACCUCCCAGGACUACAUGUGUUAGUGCAUCGUGUGGUUGGAGCUAGAACCUUCUCUGCAGCUGGAUCCUCUGGUUCUGAUGAGCCCCACUUAGCCAUCACUGUCUCUGACAUUGGACUACAGACAGUGUGGCCUGAUGAGACCAUGGGCCCUUUUGGGCCCCAGGAUCAGCGCUUCCAGCUGCCUGGUAAUAUGGGUUUUGACUGCCACCUGGAAGGACUGGCAGAGCAGAAGAAGAGCCUUCCACACAAGAUGGUCCCUGACGUGCUGUCUGCUCCAUCCAGCAACGAAAGACAUGAGUUCAUACUGGCUCAGUUCAUAGGAGAGUUCUUUGGAGAAGAUAAUCCAGCCUCUUCUCAGAAUGUCAGGACAGCUGAAAAGUACUUUGACAACUCAAGUGUGGAGUGUGCCCUACAGUCCUGUCCUGAACUGUUAAAGAAAGAUUUCCAGUCCAUGUUUCCUGAUGCUCCAUCCUCUGGUAUGAUGGUGGUAACAGUGACCCAAAAGACCCAGAACGAUAUGACAUCAUGGUGUGCUGAAGUGGAACAGGAGAGGGAGCAGAUGCUUGAUAAGUUUGUUGAUGGAGCAAAGGAGAUCUGCUACGCUCUGCAGAGAGAAGGAUUCUGGGCUGACUUCAUCGACCCAUCAUCAGGCCUGGCGUUCUUUGGCUCGUACACAAACAAUGCACUGUUUGAGACGGAUGACAGAUACCGUCACCUGGGCUUUCAGAUCGAGGACCUGGGCUGCUGCAGAGUGAUCCGACAUUCGCUGUGGGGAACGCAUGUUUUUGUGGGGACAAUAUUCACCAACGCACCACCUAGUAACGUUAUUAUGCAGAAGUUGCAGGGCAGCUGAACAGAGGCUCAGGACAAUGGGCUACCAUUAAAACUGUAAAGUAUCUGGA